AUGUGGGACGCGGGCGAGCGAGAGCGCGUGCGCGCGCGCGGGCGGGCGUGGUCGUUCGGGGCGACGACGAGCGAGACGCGCGAGACGACGGUGGAUGGACGAAUGGAUGCGCGAUGGGACGAUGGCGACCGUCGGGCGCGCGGACGGCUGGGCGGGGGCUGGGCGGGGGCGCGGAGCGCGCUGCACGCGGUGAUCGCCAUGAUCGUCAUCGCCGCGACGUGCGGGGCGAUCGCGUCGGUGACGAGGAAGAGCGAGAGUGGAUUGGAGGCGCGGGAGCGGAGGGAGACGGGUGAGGCGUGGGAAAAGGCGGCGGCGACGGCGGAGAAGGUGGUGGCGCGACAGGAAGAAGAGAGCGGCGAACGAGAGCUGUUGAUCGGGGAUAGCUCGGUGGCGUACGUGAGCAUGGGGUGGAACGCGGAGCGGCGGUUGGUUGGUGACGACGGGAUCGAGACGAUUUGGGAGGGACCGGCGGCGGAGAACGAAAAGGGCGAACUUGAGGCCACGGCGCCGGUGGGCGCGCUCUUGGUCCUGCAUGGAUGUCAUCACAGCGCGAAGGAUUGGUUCGCUAAUAACACAAAGUGCGAGACGUGUAGGGGGUUGGCGCAGGAGAUGAGCGUCACGCGUACGGCGCUCAAUCGCGGUUUCGUCGUAAUCGCGGUGUCCGCGUACGGGACGUGUUGGAGCAAAGAGAUCGACGCGCCUCGCAUGGAACAGGUUUUGAACACCUUCUUCAACGACACCGCACUGAGUGAUUUGCCAUUGUACGCCUUUGGUGCCUCGAGCGGCGGCUCGUUCGUCGGAAUGUUGCCUCAGAUGAAGCUUCCAGUGCAACCGAGCGGGUUGAUCAUUCAAAUCGCGCCAGGUCCGACGCUCGAGAACACGCCUCGAGCCGACCUGUCCACGUACCCGCCCACGGUUUUCUCAUACAUGCCGAAAGAUGAGCGAACGAGUGAGCUCAUCGCGCAGUCAAUAGCCGACUUCAAGCGGGCGGGAGUACAGGUCAAAGAGUCGAAACUUAACGAUCACGUCGUCUCAGACACUUUCUUCUACGAGGAGAGCUUUGGGAAAAUCACCAAGGAGGAGAGCGCGGGGUUGACGAACACGCUCAAUUCGUUUAACCUUCUAGAUGCAGACGGUAAAUUAACCAAUGAUCCGCGCGCGUUCGAUGACGAUCACGUCGAGGUGCUGAAGAAACACGCGCCAGUUUGGGAUUCCAUGCUCGCGGAUCAGAGCGACGUGCGCGAACUGCUGAACGUCGCUUACGCAACGCAUGAGCUCAGCGCGCAGGAGUUCGGCCAGAAUUUGAAAUGGUUGAUGGUUCAUAGCCAACAAAAAGUGAAUCACGCGCGCAGAUAA